GAGCUCCUUUACCUGUAAAUUUACAUGUGAGAGUCGACUGCUGUGUUAUGCUGCGUUGCAUUGGCAUUAGAUAUAAAGUUAUACUGCUAUCACUAUAUCCGAAACGUGUUGUUUGUUCAGAAUGGAUGGAAAGCUAUCUAAGGAGAACAUCAGGGGUUUACUGGCCCCGUGGAGGUUCACUCUCAUGAACCCUGGGAUCGAAGAAAGGCUGCUGUUGGCUAUGCAACUCUUUGAGCGAUUUCCUUUAGAUAUAACUGUGACUGGAGGAACCCACGAAGCCAACGCACAACUCUGUUCUGUGGUCUGUGGUCUGGACCAAAACCAGAAAAUGGAAGAGGAGAAUGAGGAAAAUGAGGAGAGUGAAGAAGAUGAUGAGGAGGAUGAUGACGACGAUGAUGAGGAAGAUAAUGGAGACGAAGAAGAGGAAGAUGCAAAUGCAAAUGAUGAAGAUGCUAAACGUCAAGACAGUAAGAAAAAGCGUGUGAGGAUAGCAGAAAAAGCUGAGUAUAUGGGGUGGGGUGUUUCUUAUUUUGACUCGAUGGUUUCGCACAGUCAAAUUCCCAACGUUCGUGUCAAGACAGUACACGGCCAUCCGAUUUCCAAUUGUGUUAUCAAUACGAAAAGCCAGCUGUACGACUCAACCAACUUUGAUGUUCUGGUGGCCCUCACGACAGAAGAGCGCAGGGAAGACCACACAUGGCUCAGGAUAGAGCUGCGCGAUAGAAAUAAGCCUUUCUAUCUGGUGAAAGCCCAGCAGGUGUGGGAUGUGGUCGAUGAGAAACCCUCCGGGCCGUGCUUGACCUGCGCCUGGGAGCGAAUGAGAGCUCGCAAACUGGAGUUGCAAAAAAGAGAAAAAGAAACCUUUGGAGAGACGUUGAAAUUAAAAGAUCAAAACCAGAGUCCUUCAGAUGCAGUGAAGUUGGUGGAGAUGAAGGAUAUUGGUGAGGUGUUCGCUAAAGCCCUGCCUGAUCUGCAGAAGACGGCUUUUAGUCAGUUCUUGGUGGCGAUCACGAAAGAGCUUUGGACUCCUAAAUUCAUAACCGCUGACCCACAGAUUGUGGUCUCCACGGCUUUGAAGUAUGGAAAGAUAAACAAGGACGACCUUGAUAAGAUAUCCAGACUCUCACAUCCUAGAGAUGUCACAGACGAUCCCUCCAAGCUUCUGGCGAUCCUCAGAGCCCUCGAUGACUUCCGCUUGGAUAUCGGUGUUUUGGGUGAGACGGGCUGUGGUUCCUCCAGCCUGAUCAAUGCCCUCUUGGGCAAGAAGAACGACGAGGAACAAUCUGCCCCGACUGGUGCUACUGAAACCACUGAAGUGGCAACGAAAUAUCUCUGUCCUGAAUUGUCCAACAUCUAUCUUGUGGAUCUUCCUGGCUUCGGAAAGAUAGGUGGGCUCAAUGGUCAAUCCUUGGCAUCCAGUUACAGUGAAGCUCAGGUUGCACCAUCUGCACUUGCUUUGUGUGAUGUGUACAUACUGUUGUCUCCUUUAAGACUCAAAUUGGGUAUCGUACAGUUACUGCAGCAGUUGUCCUCAAGGAAGAAAGAGUGUUAUUUGGUGAUCACCAUGGCAGACCUGAUUGAGGAAAAGUUUAUCGUGCAGGUCAGGGAAUGGGCUGAAGGUGUCUUGAAGGAACUGGGUCUCAAGCAGAACUUGUUUUUGGUUUCUGCCCACCAUCCAGAAACCUUGGACUUCCCCAAACUAAAGGAGACGAUACAUAAAGCCAUACCAAACCAAAAGAAAGUCGCUCUUGCUAGAUAUGCAGCAAAGCUACUGGAUGAAGAUGUAUUCUGGAGUAGAUCUGAUUCAUGCAAAUCUAUGUAACUUUUGCACCGACACAUAGUACCCUGGUAUUGGGUAUUUGCCAUGCUAAUACAAUGAUAUUUUAAAUGGCAUGUAAAUUCUCUAUAGUACUGUACUAUAUAGCAGUGGCGAGGCUACAUAAGGGCCAGGGUGGCACUGGCCCACUCAGCUUGACGGCUGGCCCACCCAGUCAGAAGAGACAAAAAAUAUUUUGGUGGAAAAGUCGGGAAAAAAAACACAUAAAUUAUAAUAAUAAUCUCUCAAAUAUGCAUUAUUCAGAAAUAAAUUAUUAUUUAUAUAGAAAGCUCAUCAUUUGCAUGUGUUUCUAAACCUUGCAAAUUCUAACAUUCAAGCGAUUUUAGUUAAAAUGAGCGCAGACGCACACACAUACUCAUAAGAGCAAGCACGGAGACACGCGUUUCAAAAAGCAUGCAAACACGGCUCUCUGCGCUUAACAGGACACAUACACGCAAAAUUAUCUCGAACAGUCUUGGCAAGUAUUCUCAUAAAAACAAACAGUUCAGAAAGAAAUCAGAUGUGCGUCAGUAUACUGUAAGGAUCCGUGCUUAUUCGGUCUUAAAGUGGCAGUACCCUAAAAAAAAAUCUGUUUAUGUUUGUGUCAUUAUGUAAAUAAAACAACAGAAGACAAAAGGAAAAUCACUUCUGUAGCUUUAAAAAGAUUCAUUUAAUUUAAAGAAUGAAGAAGACAGUGUUACUAUUCAUUUAUUCUUUAUUUGUAACUUUGUUCUUUUCUAUUUUAUAUGCUUACAAUUUCUUGUUUAAUUAUGUAAUUUGAGAGAAGGCAUUGAGGUCCACCCUAUUUCACCGAGGUCCACUUAGUUCAAAAUUUCUGGCCUCGCCACUGCUAUAUAGUAAAGUGUAGUAAAAAUUCAAAUAUUAUUUAAGACUAAAAUUUACUUAUAAGUAUAUAUAUUCUCACGCUUUUCAAGAUCAUGUUUUAUUUGGUGGGUUUAUCUGUUUGAACAGUAGCAGCUUGUGACUGCUCUUUCGAGGGGCGCACAUUCAAAAUAAGUGUUCGGAGUGUCAUGUGUGUUGCUCGUGUUUUCAAAAUAUGUGGUUGUUGCAUCAUGUGAACCAUGUCCCUCACAUGUUUUGUCAAAAUAAGUGCCUGCUGCACACGCGUCAAAAUCGUUUAUGGUAAAAGAGACACUCUCUUUUAUCAUAAACCCUUUAGAAGCGUCUGCAGCAGGCACUUAUUUUGACAAGACACGUGAUGCACAUAGGAUCGCUCGACACGCAGAACACAUAUUUUGAUAUUACGAACCACACACAUGACGGACUACAUUCAUUUUGUGACGAACUUCACAUUGUACGCCCUCGAAAAAGUCACCGGGCGCCACUGUGACUAAGGUUGAACAUUACUCUUUAAACAUGUUUUCAUACCUGCAUGACUGCCAUCCUGAUCCUGCCCUUAUACAUGAAGCAUACUUGCAUGUGCUGUUAUUAAUACUAUUGUUAUUUUUCAUUACAUCAAAUUCCUGCAAAUGUUACUUAUACAUUUUCUGUCUUACAAGCUUAACUUAUGACGUUUCAGAUUUAAUGUACACUCAGAUGCACUCUAACAAAAUUAUUUGCUGCCUUAAAUUUUUAAGUUUAAUCAACUCAGAUAGUUUAUUUUAACUUACUAUUAUUUAUCUUGACAAGAGAUGAGUUGUUAUAACUUAUAAAAUAAAGUUGAAAUAAGUCAACUUCAUUUUAUAAGUUAAAACAACUCCUCCCUAGUCAAGAUAAAUAAUAGUAAGUUGAAAUGAAGUUGACUAAACAAAAAAAAAGGGGUCCCUGGAGUACAUAUGUGAAGUUCUAGCUCAAAAUACCAUAUACACGUAGAUAAUUUAUAAAUUAUAACAUGUUAAAAUUGCCACUUUGUAGGUGUGAGAAAAAUGUGUCGUUUUGGUGUCCUUUAAAAUGCAAAUGAGUUGAUCUCCGCACUACAUGGCAGUGCCAUUAUUGGAUAGUGCAGAUUAAUGAGCGGUAUUAUUAUAUAGAAAAGGUCAGAUUUUCAUGAUAUGUUACAUUUUAAGGCAUGCAGCAAAUAAUUUUUUACAGUGUGGGUCCCAAGAAACGGUCCCAAGUUGUCACCAUGGGGCAGUUGCUACUCCUUUAAAAUGUCCUAAUACAUACCAAUAAGGUAAUUAGUAUUACUUUAAAGGAACUAAUUUGUAAUGUUGUAAUGUGUACUUUUUAAAAGGGUACCACCCGUGUCCAACUCGGGACCAUUUUUCUGACAGUGUACUGAAACACACUUAAAAGAGAUACUUAUGGGACACAGUUAUGUAUAUUAAAUAAUAUAUAUUAUUAAAGACAGGAAUUAUUCACACUGACCCAACAAACACCAACAUUCUGACUUAGAUUAAAGUGAUUUUUGGUGUUUGAUGGAUCAGUGUCACUUUUGGUGUUCUGAGUAUUGCUGUGCAGUUGCUAGGGUACUCUGGUGGUUGCUAGGGCAUUGCUAUAUAGUUGCAAAUGUGUUCUAAUUAGGAAGAAUGUUUUUUAAACUAUAAAAAAACAAAUAAAUUGUUAUUUUAAAUACCUUUGACUAAAUGGUUCUUCUAUGGCAUCGCAAUGAAGAACUUUUUAAGUACCUUGAUUUUUUUAGAGUGUUGCUAAGUGGUUGCUAGGGUGUACUGGAUGGUUGUUAGUCUAUAUACCUUAUUUCAAAUAAAUAUUCUGUUUUCUCCUU